AUCAACAGUCCCUUAAUAUUUUUCAGCACAACAUUGUUGUUAUUUUGUUUCUAUCAAAGAGCUAUGUCUUCAGUGUUUAUAUGCGGAGGAUUAUAAUAUAUCUUUAGUCUCUCUGUUUGUGGAAAGAUUCUAAUACUAAUUAUAUAAUAUAAGGUAUAACACUUGUAGGCGACUGGCUGGAAAACGCGAUCCUUUUAUUUUAUGAAUGUAAUAUUAAAAAAAAAAAUGGCUGUAUGGGCGCGAGCCCUUAUUUUAUAAAUACAAAAAAAAAAAUAUGUCAAGUGAACAUCAUUCAUUUAUAAUUUAUUUAGCGUUUUUGCAAUGUCGACAUUUAACGCUUUGAAAUAGAAUUAUUCAUUUUUCAUGUAUAAAUUAAUUAAUCUACUUGACAUUGGCAGAAUUGUGCGAAAUUCGCAGAUAAGCCAUUAAUUAAGAAAAGAAGUAGGUAGAGCACGACUUUAAUAGAACUUUUUAAUUUGUUACAUAAAUAAUGUAAUUGGUAAUAAAUAAGAAUAUUUUAUGUUGAAUAAGUAUUUGGGAAAUGGCCUUGAAAAUUCAUGAAUAUUAUAAACAAUAAAAAUAAUAUAUUUGAAUCUAACAGGUACACCAUUAAUCCUAUGAAAAAAUUGUGCUUAUAUCAAUUAAAAUUAAUCAACAAAUUCUUUUCAGAUCAUUUACCUAGAGAUUAUAUGAAAGAAAAAUCGCAUAUACAUGAUUUCCUAUAUGGUACUAAUGGGUGUGAGAGGAUCCACAAUAGGAUCACAUUAUGUAUUGUGCCAUUAUCUAAGUACAAUGAAAACUAAUCGAUCUUUUCUAAGCAAAAUUUUAAAUGUUAAUGAAAGUAAAAUAGAAUAUAUUUGUAUGAAGUAUCCUGUAAUACAAAAACUGGAGCCUAAAAGAAUAACAUUUUUGCUGCAAACUUUGAGACAAUUAGGAUUUUCCAAAAAAGUUUUAUUAGAGGAGCCACAACUUUUUAGUAUAUUACCAGUCACAUUAAAAAAUAGAUACAGUGUAUUAAAUGAGUGUGGAAUAAAUAAAAUAACAGCAACUCAUAUUUUAACUUACUUAAAAAUUAUUAAAAUGAAAACAGUUGGAGAAUUAAAGCAAACAAAUAUUAUACCAUCAUUUUUGAAUAUUGAGAACAGACUUGCUAAUUACAUGACCCAAUGGCCUACAGCCCUCACAUCUUCAAUUUAUGGUGAUGUAAAUAAAAUGACACUUUAUAAUUUACGCUUAAAUAUUAUUCAAAGAUAUCUUGAACUGAUACUUGAUUUAUCAGAAGUGGAGUUUUACAGAGGCAUUAAGACAUAUCCCACUAUUAAACAUCGGCCACUUCAUGCUAUCAAUGAGACUUUUAAUUUAUUACAGUCAGUAAUAAUGAUAUCUAAUCAAAAAUUGAAAAACAAUAUGUAUUUGAUACACACAGACCCUGAUAACUUAAAGGAAAUUAUUUAUGAUUUCCGUUCCAUAGGUGGAAUUGAUAUAAAAGAAAUUUUAAGAAUGAGACCUAAAUUAGCUACAAAAAGUAUAACAUCUUUGAUGGAAACCAGGAAAAUAUUGGAGGAAUAUGGUAUUAGUAAUGAAGCUCAAAAAAGAUGUUUUGAUAUUUAUACAUUAGGUCCAGAGACUGUAAGAGAAAGAUUAGAACAGGCUAAACAAAUACCUGAAUUCAAUACAUUUUUCAGCCAUCCCAGGUUUUUGAAAAUGAUUCAUUACAAAAAUACUGCUAUGAAGAGAAUGAGGCUUUUGUAUAGCAAUAACAAAAAAUGUCUUAGUCUCAAUAUUUUAUCAGGGAGUACAGCUCAUUACGAAGUUUAUGAAAAAGCGCCAGGUGAUAGAUUAGGCAAAGGGAAAGACCUAAUAUUCUGUAUAUCAGAAUCACUUGGAAAUAGUUAUACUAUGAGUGAUAUAAGAAAAAAAUUAAGAAGACAUCCCUUUUGGAUUAAUAUACCCUUAGUUCAAGUAAAAUAUGUUUAUCAAAAGUUAUCUAUUGAGUUUUCUAAUACACAUAUCUAUGAAAACUGUGCAAUAUUGUUGUAUCCUUGGAAUAAAAUAAAAAAUAAUCUAAAUUUAUUAGACAGUAAUGACAGAGGUAAAAAGGGUCAAGUGCAUGAAUACUUGAAUCUUAGCAAAUUGAAUAAGUCACAGAAAUUGAGCCUAGUUUUAUAUCUACUUGAGAAGAACCAUUAUUUUACAGGUAAUGGGGUGUGGACAGAAGAAAAGAAUAAGAUUACUAAUGACAUAGCAGAUAUAAGUUCUCACUGUGAAAAUAAACUUGAAUAUUAUAGUUGAUUAUUUGUAUGAAUAUAAAUUAUUAUAAUUUGGUAUUUAGAUUUCUUUAAAUUUCAUUGUAUGUGAUCUAAAAGUAAGAAGGGUAGAAAUGCAUUU